AUGGCAGACACCCUCUCAUCGCAAGAGUUCGGCGACGGCCUCCCCGUUCUCAUCAUCCACGGCUGGGAGCUCUCCGCCGCCGCCGAGCAGGCCGACUUCGAGCCGGUCCUCGCCAAGCUGCCGCCGGGCCUGCGCCGCAUCUACGUGGACCUCCCCGGCACGGGCGCCACGCCCGCCGCCGGCCUCCGCGACCUCGACGAACGUCUACGCGCGCCUCGCGCGCGCUUCCUGGUCGUCGGCACGUCGUGCGGCGGGUACCUGGCGCGCGCGCCGUGGCCGUGCGGUACGCGGACCGGGUGGACGGGCUGCUGCUGCGCGUGCCCGCUCGUCGAGCCCGAGGACGGCAAGCGCGACAUGGACGCGUUCGGGCCGCUCGUGGAGGGUGAGGCGCUCAUGAAGGGAGUCUCGGCGGAGGACAAGGCGCUGCUCGGGACAUCGUUGGUCGUCCAGACGGCGGCGUACGUGGCGGCCCUGAAGCGCAAGAUCCUGGACGUGUACCGCCCGGCGACGGAGGCCGCGGACAAGGGGGGCGCUGCGGCCCAUCCGGGAGGACCCGGCGCGCGGUACCCGCGGGCGACGUUUGCGGUGCUGGACCGCGCGACGCACGGCCUACCAGUGGACGAGACGGGCGUCUUCGAGGCGCUGGUGGGAGACUGGAUAUCGAGGGUGCUCGAGUGGCGGCGGAGGCAGCAGCAGCAGCAGCAGCAGCACGACCAACAAGCCGAGGACAAGUGA